GCCUCGCUUCCGCGCCUGCCAUAUGCUUUAAUAUCCUUAUUCGACAGCCCAGCCCAGCUAAUUGGGCCCUUGCGACCAUCGAGGUCAGAAUCCCGCGGAUAUGCAGCUACGAACAGUCCUGCUCCAUGCGCGUGCAGCUGGCCGCCCUGCUGUCUCCUCAAUCUGUUCCGACUGCAGAAGAGCUUCUUUGCUCAGUCCGACGAGCGCAACCUUCAGAGCCUUGUACCACCAUUCCUCACGACGGUCCUCCGCCUGGGCCGCUGCUGUCUCGGUAGCCUCCAAUGUCGUCUCGAACGCUGUGUCGAGGGCCACCAAGGGCGAUAUGCAUAUCGACCCGCUCCGGACUGUGGCAAAGGAAAUGAAGUUUUUGACAGGGAAUAUCAGACAACUUCUAGGGUCCGGUCACCCGUCGCUAGAUCGAGUUGCUAAAUAUUACACACAAGCCGAGGGCAAACACGUGCGGCCACUCAUAGUCCUUCUAAUGUCUCGCGCCUCAGCUCUCUGUCCUAAGAAUGAUUCCACUCCGGUGUCCCUACAAGAUUCUAUAAACUCUUCAAUAUCUCCUCUCAACAUAUUGUCCGACGUUAACCCCUCCUUCCCCUUGUCUGGCUACUCAUCCGAACCAGAAUUUACGGAAAGCGAUAUUCUCCCAUCACAGCGACGAUUAGCUGAAAUUACAGAGCUAAUCCACACAGCAUCGCUUCUUCAUGAUGAUGUGGUCGAUCAUUCUGUGUCACGUCGAGGAUCACCAUCUGCAAACUUCGAAUUUGGUAAUAAAAUGGCAGUGCUAGCUGGCGACUUCUUGCUCGGCAGAGCAUCUGUUGCGUUGGCCCGAUUGCGGAAUGCUGAAGUUAUCGAGCUUCUAGCUACUGUGAUUGCAAAUUUAGUGGAAGGGGAGUUCAUGCAGCUAAAGAAUACGGCCCGCGACGAGCGAAACCCCACGUACUCUGAAGACAUCUUCAAUUAUUAUCUACAAAAGACAUACCUCAAAACCGCGAGCUUAAUAUCGAAGUCGUGUAGAGCAGCGGCGUUGCUAGGCCGGGCCGAUGCGAUCACGGUUGAUGCGGCCUAUGCUUAUGGCCGAAAUCUGGGCUUGGCAUUCCAGUUAGUGGACGACAUGCUGGACUACACCAAGUCUGGGAAGGAUCUAGGAAAGCCAGCCGGUGCGGAUUUGGAGCUAGGUUUAGCGACGGCCCCCUUAUUAUUUGCAUGGAAGACCACUCCUGAGCUGGGCGCCUUGGUGGGAAGGAAGUUCAGCCAGGAAGGUGACGUACAAAAGGCACGCGAUCUCGUCAUCCAAAGUAAUGGAAUAGAACAAACAAGAGCGUUAGCUGAGGACUACUCUCAACGGGCGAUCUCUGCUCUCGAAACUUUCCCUGACAGCGAAGCAAAAGAUGGCCUCAUCGAUAUGGCUAUGAAGACGCUGAAACGCCAAAAGUAAUUAGUUGUACAGCAUUACGGUUGUAAAAAUAAAGCCACAUAGAGUUACUAGAUCGAAGAGUGCGCUUGUACAUAAAGGCAUGGGCUUCGCACGCCGGCGUUGCAUUGCAUCUACAUAUUGUAUAAUAUUGGAGAAUUAGCUACAUGAAAACAGG